AUGACCGAGCGCCCGGGCCGCCGCCCCUCAGCAACGUCCUCGCAGGGCUCGACCUCCCUCGGCUGCGCGGCCAGAGCGAUCGCGCGGCCCCGCCCGCCCGUCCCCACUGCGGGUGCCCGGAUGUGGCGCUGGGGGGAGCGCGGGGGAGCGCGGUGCGUUAUGGGCCGGGGAGGCGCCUUCGCAUUCGCGGAAGUUUGGCCGCCAGCGGGACCCGUUGAGCCGGUCCUGUCUCCCGCCAAAUUGAAACACGGGAGCGGCCGAGGGGGCGCGGCAAAGAUGUGGAACGAGAUCGAGCUCCUGCUGAACGAGGACACCACGGGGCAGCUCCCGGUGGGGCUGGGCCAGGAGUGUGGCACCGCCUUGUACCAGGUGGAUACCCUGCUGCAAAUCACAUCUUCAGAGAAGGUCUCUGUGAACCCCCAGCUCCAUGCAUGCAGCUCCAGGGAUGGCAGCAUUGUUGUUGUGGACAGAUCUGUGGCACUUCUGGACAGCACUGGGCUGUCUCUUCUGAUGCACAUCCAGUUUGAUACUGACGUGGAUGUAGUGGGUAUGUGUCAGGACAAACAAUUCCUUGUGGUUGGUGAGAGAAGUGGCAGCUUACAUCUUAUCCACAUCCCAUCCAAACAAACCUUGCUAAGAAAGGUUUUGGUUGAACAAUCUACAAGUGAAAAGACUUACUUAAAUCUCUUUUUUGUUAAAGAUAAUGCAGAUGCAGGUGUUUAUCACAUGUUCAUUCUCACGAGCAAUGGAUGCUUCUGCAUUAUGUGUGUCCCUCUUGGAAAAACACAGGAAGCAAUUGAGAAGAUGGAUAUGACUACAGCAAAGCAAUUACAAGGACAGAUAAAGACAACUUUCAUUGCCAUGGGAGAGCAUCACAACCUGGGCUGUCAGGAUUUUGUCAUCAGCAGCUCAGUGAACAAAAUCCAUCUGAUAAUUGGGGGUAAAGGUGAUUAUGUGCUCUCCAAAUGGGAGGUGGACCCCACCAGUGCCCUGGUGUCUGCUCAAAGUUUUGCUGAUGCAAGUCUGAUCCAAGGUGCUGCAAAACUUCAAGUCCUUGACAAUCAGCUGUUUGUUUUGGAUACAGAGAAUAUCUUAAGCACGUGGGAUAUUUAUUCUCUCACUCUGAUUUGGGAUUGGCCUUUAAUACAUAUUGAAGAAUUUCUUCUCACUACUGAGUCAGAUUCCUCUCAAGUCACGUGGGAAGGGCUUGCCAAUGUGAAACUGAUUGUCAUGACAAUUCCAGAUGACAAACAGAUGAGAAGCCUGAUGGUUUUUGCAUUGCCCACUAUGCAACAGCUCUAUUCUCUGGAAGUGUCUCCUGUUUCUUCCCUUGUUCAAAGUGGGAUUUGCACUGAUACAAUAUACUUCUUGGAAGGAAUUCAUGAGAAGCAUCAAAUGCCCUCUGAAGACCCAGUUUCUAUAGUUGUGAUGAGAAGUUUAACUGAAGCCUUGCCAGAAAACAGACUGAGUCGUCUACUGCACAAACACAAAUUCACUGAAGCAGAGAAUUUUGCUAUUCAGUUUGGACUGGAUGUUGAGCUUGUAUACAAAGUAAAAGCAAACACUAUUUUAGAGAAACUGGCUUCAGCUUCUCUUGGGAGUUAUGGCCAGGAAGCCUUGCUGGAUCUUGGCAAUGAAGCCAAAGAAAAUUUGCAAAAAAUUCAGGACAGCCAGUUUGUUGUGAAUUACUGCAUCAGUGCUCCCUGGCCACUGUAUGAAACCACUCGAGAAAUGCUGAAUUAUGCUAAAGUCAGAAUCUUGAAGAAAGAUAAUAGAACUGAUGCUCCACCAUCUGAUGGGGCUCCAGUAUCCAUAGCUGAGGUGUUGAGAGCUCAGGCAAGGCUUACAACAUUCUAUGAAGCUUUUGGACUACAGAAAUUCAGUGGCAUUGCUUGGACAGAAUUCCUGAAUAAUGAGGACAUCUUCAAGAUUAUUGUUUUUCAGCUGGAAGAAGGAAAUUUGGCUUGUGCACAGUACCUCUGGCUUAGGCAUCAGGCUGAUUUUGAAAGCAGCUUUGAUGAGAAAAUGCUGAAGGAUUUGCUCAAUGCCAUCCAUUUCGCUGCUCCUUUGAAGGAACUUUGUGUGUGGCUUAAAAAUUUUGUGAUCCCCUUCUCAAGAAGGGUUGUGCCAGAUGGACAGAAAAUAUUAGCAAAAUGGCUGGAACAAGCUGCUCGAAACCUUGAAUUAACUGACAAGGCAAACUGGCCUGAAAAUGGACUCCAAGUGGCAGAGAUUUUUUUUACAAGUAAAAAUCAAGGUGAUCUGGGAGUGACAGCUUUUGGCAAAUGGACUCCUCUGAGGUGUGGUGACUGUGAAGAGAUACAGAGGCUAAAGAAGCUGGUAAAUGAUUUACAAGAAUUGAGAAAUCUGUACAGAAAAUACAACUGCAGGCUGGCAUUCUGUGAUUUUGAAAAGGAAAAUGCAACCACUAUUGUGUUUCGCAUGCUUGAUAAAAUUUUGGCACCAGAGCUUGUCCCAUCAAUUUUGGAGAAGUUUAUAAAAGCCUACCUGUUUGAACACAACUUACAAAAAGAUGAGCUUCUUCUACAGUAUGUCAAGGAUUUGCUGGAGCGCUGUCGGACACGAUCGAUUUCAGUGUUUGAAACUGCCUGGGAGGCCAAGGCAGUGGCUGUCAUUGGCUGCAUCUCUGACACUGAUCUGAAAUUUGAUGCAGUCCUGCAGAUAAUGCACGGGGCUGUGGUGCCAUGGAGUGCAGCAGUGGAGCAGCUGGUCAGACAGCACCUGGAAAUGAAUCAUGCCAAAGUGAAGUUACUGCAGGAAAGUUACACACUGAUGGAGAUGAAGAAGCUUUUGAGAGCCUAUGGGAUAAGAGAUACCAAUCUUUUACAGGACAAGCAGAUGAUCAUGAGGCUUGUCAGAUACAUUCUCAAACAAGAUACCCCUACUUGCCUGGAGGAUGCCUUGAAAAUUGUGGAAGCCUACCUGCUGCCCACUGGGGAAGUCUAUUUCCUGAGGAUUUUGGACCUGAUUGACAAAGGAAGGGGAGAGGAAUCUCUGCCUUUGUUAAAAUCUCUGCCUCUUGCUAAGGCUGAAGAAGUUGUAGAGAGAUUGACUCUGUGGGGAAGACUGGUGUUACAGAACAAAGCAGAUGAUCCUGAAGAGAAAAAACCACAAAUGUUUAUGACUAAGACACUGGUGGAAGUCCUCAAAUUCUGGUCCAGCAUUCAAAAAGACAAUCCUGUGAAGAAAUAUGAAUGUGAAGAAAACCUAAAGUUGUUUGAAACACUUGCUAGCCUGCAGGAGUAUUUUGAUAUCUUUCUCUCAGAUGAAGAAUACAGGAACCCUUCACUGAUAUCUGAACUUCUUGAGGGUCACAUAAGGUCUUAUGAACGUGUCAGAUCUGCAUCCAAGUCUAGAAAUGUGCAAGCAGUGAAUUGUAAUUCAGAAGGAAGCAAGCCCAAAACCCCUCCCACUGAAUCCAGGCUGUACAGACUGGCUUUGCUCCUGCAAGUCUCAGAGCAUGAACUGGGAGAAAAACUGGCCUUGAGAGCCCUGGAUGGUGGAAAAGUGGAAGUGGCUGUCAAUAUUUGCAGGGAGUUCUAUGAAAAUAGCUGGAAUGAAAAGACAGGGAAGCUGCUGUUUGUAGUGUGUCAAACACUUUGCCACAUGCUGGGAGCUGAUGAUCCAAUGAUCACUCCUGAUGGGAUGGAUCUUCCAGCAGUGAUCCAUGAGCUGGCUGGCCAAGCAGCCACACUGUGCAGUCCAGAUUUAGUGUUGGAUUGUCUGGAACUGUGCAAAUACACUUCACUUGCCAAGGAAAUUCAUGGACAAUGCCAAAUGGACAGCUAUGAAUUUACAGCAGAGACAACAUCUUCUGGAGGAGACAAAGAUCCUUACAAAGAGUGGACUUAUGAUGACUUCUUUAAAGAAGAUGGGAUAGUCCUUGAACCUCAGACAUCUCUUCCAGUGGCAUAUGAACUCACUUCUGCUGUUCUGCCUAUUUGUAAGGACAAGCUGUACCCCCUGGAGUCUCAAAGCCUGGCCCACAGAACGUUCAUGGAAGGACACAACUUCCUGCUGCCUGUUGGAUCUCCCUUCUUUGCAGCAGUGCAGAACCUGCAGGAGUGCAGCCAGUUCCAGCUGGCCCUGCAGCUCACGGUCUGUGCCUUCGGCUCCUGCCUGCAGCACGGCAUUUCAAACACCAUGGAACUGUCCCCGAGUCCAAAGCCACAUGACAAUGACCUGCUACUCACUGAAACCAGAAGCUUCCUCAUAGCUAUGAAAGAGAAGAGCAGUUCAGUAAUCAAGACCUCUGUCCUGAGCUUAUUACACAAGGUAAGAAUCCCCUGGAAAAUACUUUCUACAAUGUUAGGAAAAUAUUUUAGAGAAAAUCUCAGGAUUCCAAAUUUUCAGAUUAUUUCUUAGACUUAUAUUCACUUCCUUUCUCCUUCCUUCUAGGCAGUAGCUCUGGUGGGAGCAGAGCUUGCUGACCAAUAUGGUGAAGCAGAAGAAAAGAGAAAAUUCCAGGAGCUGGUUAUUGAUGCAGAAUGGGGCAUCCAGCUUGGUAAAUUUGGUAUUUCUUUUGAGAAUGUGUUUAGACAGCCACCAGUAAGGAAGAAAGAACUCAUAAGAGUGCUGGUACAAAACCCAGAAGUGGACACAGCUCUCAUCUUAAAUUACUGCAGCACUUUCAUGCUGGACAGUGAUGCUGCACUGCAGCUCUGCAUUGAAACCCUUCUGCUCCAGAAUUCAAACACAAAUGAUGGUGAAGAUGACUCUGCAGAAAACAGUGAGAGGCAACCUCAUUCCACAUUACUGGCUAGAGCACUAAAAAUAAUCCCUCUGCUGAACAGCACCAAAGACCUGGUCAUGAGCCUCAGUGGAAUUUAUGAUUAUUUUGAACAGCUGGAUCCUUAUGACUAUGAAACCCUGGAAAUUGUCCUGAGAGUGAUCCAAAGUGCUGAUGAGAAGAACACCAGCAUCCAGCUGAGCCAGGCUUUCAGCCUCCUCAAACAUCUGAAAUCUUACACCAGGAUUUCUCCACCAGUGGACCUAGAACACCAGUAUAUCUUGGAUCAGAUGAUUCCCCUGUCUCCAGCUGCUCACACCAGGCUGCCCUUUCACCUGCUGUUCUUCAGGACUGCCCAGUGUUUCUGGAACAUUAUAUCUGCAGAGCUCAGUGAGGAAACCUUCCCAACCCUUCUGUUGAUUUCCAAACUAAUGAAGGUUUCCCUGGAUACCUUCCACAUGUCUGCAGUUCGACAUGUCUUUGAAAAAAAACUGAAACCAAAAAUAUUCGAAAUGAGAAGCAGUGGCUGUACCUCCAUUAUUAACAAGGAAACCAUCAAAACUGUGCAGGCACUUCACUCCUAUCUGCUGGCCAUAGUCAAUCCAGAGUGGGCUGUGGCCAUGGCUCACAAGAUUGCCCAGGAAUUCCCCACAGGUCCUGACCAUGUCCAGGCACUGAAAUUCUGUCUCUACCUGGCUGAGAAGUGGCUGAAGAGUACUACAGCUAAGGGUGAGCCACAUGAGAAAGCAGAAGUCCUCCAGAGGAACUUACACUUGCAGUAUAAGAGAGCAGCAACAGAAAAUGUCCUGAUAACAAAAAACUUGAACACUGGGGAGCAUCUAAAAUCCAUUGGGAAACCAGCAAAUCUGAUUGUUUUACUGUAUGAACACCACAGCAUAGACCAGAGAUUCCAAAAUCCAGCUGGCAGAGAUUAUCCAGAUAUCCACGUGGCAGCAAAGGAGAUUGCUGAGAUUAACAACUUGGAUAUGAACAAAAUCUGUGACAAGCUGCUGGCCAAAUGGCUGUGUCCAAGCACACCACCCCCUGGGAAAACCCAAGAAAUCUUUGGAGAUGUACAGGAGGAUGAAGAGCUCCGAAGGGUUAUUUACCUGCUUCAGUCUCGCCCUAUGGAUUACAGUUCAAGAAUGCUUUUUGCAAUUACAACAUCUGCCACAUCUCCCUUUGGUGACACCCAGCUGACGUUUGCUCACAGGACCAGAGCCUUCAGGUGUUUGCUCUACCUGGCAGACACCACCACUGUGGAAUCACUCUUCAAGAAACCCAUUGAGAAAGUCAAGUAUUUUCUGAAGUGCUGCAUUUAUCUGGCAGAGUUUGAGAUCUUGAAUAUUCCAUAUACUUGUGAAUCAUUCCACAAGAGCCCUAAGGAAGGCAUGAUUAAAGGGCUAUGGAAGAACCACAGUCAUGAACCCAGGGCUGUGAGACUGGUGACAGAGCUGAGUCUAGAAUACCAAGUCUAUGAUCCCCAGCUCUGGAAUGGCCUCCUACAGAAACUCCUGGGCUUCAAUAUGACUCAGUAUCUAAGAAGAGUUUUGGUUGCAAUUACUGGGAUUCCUUCAUUAUGGGAGAUUCCCAGCUUCAGCCGAGCCUGGCGCAGCGUGGUCCUGUCCCCCUUCCUCACAGCCUCGUGUCCACCAAGUCCCAGGCAGCUGCAGGAGUGCAGGGAGUGCUUUGUGCUCCUGCUCAGGUGUCCUGUCCUGGCUGACCUGGAUAUUGUUGGAAUUGCUAAACAAUACACCCAGCUGGACCUCCCAGCUUUUGCCCUGGGCUGCCUCUUGGUCACUCCUCACUCUGAGAAGAGAGAGCAGCAAAUUCAGGGUUUGUUAUCAACCUGUAAGAAAGAAACUGUGCUGCAACAAUUGGAUGAACACAUGGACACUGGAGAACUGGUAGCAUUUGCUUCCCAGAUCAGCUCUUUGGUUUUGGACAGUAUCAUCAAUGAGAAGCUCUAUGAACAGUUCUGGAAAACCAAAUAUUAUCCACUGUUAAAGCAACACCUGAUAAACACCCACAGAAUAAAAGAGCUGGUGGAUUAUUUUGCCAAAAAGAACUGCCUUGACGAUGCAACAGCCCUGAUUCAAGAGUAUCAAAAGCAAUGUGGAAACCCUGCUCUGGCAGAUGUCCCAGCAUCUCAUCUUCUGCAGAUGUACCUGAAUGGAUCAGAGGAGUCCUGUGUCCUGGAAGUGCCAUAAAUUAACUGAAGAUUUCCCCUUUUCCCUCCUCCCUCUGCUGGCAGGAGGUUGGGCUGUGCAUUCACAACUCUUGUACUGCUCAGGAGAACAUCAGACCAAAACCCCCAAAGCUUUUACCAAGAGCCUCCACAACCUCUCCACGUUUUCCAGCUGUUCCAGGCUGCUUCUCCUCCAUUCUCCACCCCCACAAAACCAGUUCAGACUCACAGCAGAAUUUCCUGUUUGGAGUCAUCAGUUCAUACUCAGCACUUUAACUUUUGGGAAGGAGUAAAGUUUAUUUCCUUUACUUCUGUAUUUCCUCAUGUUCAGGCCUGCUGCCAGGAGCACUCUGAGAUGUCACCCACAGCAACAGAACCUUGUCACCACUGUGGCAGACUUUUGUAAAACUGCAGGGGCUGUGUUCAUGUAAAAUACUUUGUAUACAAAUUGUAACUUUACAAACUUAUGUAUCAGUUUUGGCCUUACAGUAUAAAUAAAUGUGUGUCAAUUUUGGCCUUACAGUGUAAAUUAAAAAUAAAUAAACUUAUGCAUCCAUUUUGGCCCCUUACAAUAUUCUAUAACCCUCUUAAUUAUGAGUUUGUCAAUAAAUGGAUGUUCCAGUCAAUGGAAUUCCCUGAAUCACAUGCCAAGGUUUUCUUUUCAACUUUGCUCUGACUGCAUGAAGU